CUUUUCUUUCCUUUCGAUUUAUAUAAAAUGAUUGAUCUGUUUGUUCAUACGAUCAGCAUUUAUUAUUCCAUUGAGCGUCCUGUUUUAUACUAGAUUGGAGAACUUAAGAAAUUGGUAGAAGAGGGUAAAAUUAAACAUAUAGGUCUAUGCGAGGUAUCAGCAUCAACAAUUAGAAGGGCACAUGCAGUUCAUCCAAUAACAGCAGUAGAAUUAGAAUGGUCUCUAUGGUCGAGAGAUGUAGAGGAAGAAAUAGUUCCUACCUGCAGGGAACUUGGGAUUGGAAUUGUGGCGUACAGUCCACUAGGACGGGGUUUUUUGUCAUCAGGUCCGAAGCUGCUUGAUGAUAUGGAAAAUGAAGACUACCGAAAGCAUCUACCAAGGUUCCAGGCGGAGAAUCUUGAGCAGAACAAAAACUUGUACGAGCAGAUUUGUCAAAUGGCUGCAAAGAAGGGAUGUACCCCUUCUCAACUCGCGUUGGCCUGGGUACAUCACCAAGGAGACGACGUGUGUCCCAUCCCGGGCACCACUAAGAUUGAAAAUUUCAACCAGAACAUCGAAGCUUUGUCCAUAAAGUUAACAUCAGAAGAUCUGGAAGAGCUUGAAUCCAUUGCUUCAGCUAAUGCAGUCCAGGGUGAUCGGUAUAUUCCUGGUAUGAGUACUCACAAAAAUUCAGAAACUCCGCCCCUUUCAGCAUGGAAGGCUACAUAAUGAUGUAAUCAUGGAACUAGUGUCUAUGCGCUGUGUUAUGUUGAAUUGCGUUUUUUUUUUCUGCAUCAGAGUAUGUAAUUAGUGUGUGUGUUGAGGUAAAUUUUUGCUGUAUUAUGCGCGCUGUAAUAGAGAGUAUAUUUUUCGGUUUCAGAGUAUAUUUUUCGGUUUCA